ACCCACAUGCCUGGUAUUGGCUGCCUGAACCGAGCGAGAAGCAUGCCGUUCUGCUGCGCUUUACUGCCAAGCAAGGGGAAACAAAAGGAAAGGAAACAGGUGUGUGAGAGAAGACGCUAGAAAGAAAGAAGUUUCUGGUCGCCCUAACAGUUUUUUAAGUGAGAGGAGUUGGGCAGUUUGAAAAUGGGAGAGAAGAAACACGAUUAGGGAGAGGGCAUGCGAGAACCUCCCGAACUUCCCAAACCACCCAAUCAAGCUGCGUUCGUGGAAUUGGAUCCCUCCCUUGUUCACCACCUGAGAGCGAAGAAAGACAAAUGUGCCUCAGAGGACUGAGGAAGGCAGAGAGGGAAACAACCGAAGGCACAGGUGAGGCUGAAAGCCUGGCACGUAAAGAGAAGGCUGUCCAUCUUCAGCAGCAAAAUAAAAGUGCCUCUCAAACUAAAACUAAAAGACUCUGAGACAGAGCUGGGACGGGACUCUGAGAGAAAGUGUCCGAACUCUCAGGAGAGGUGUGUAUCCGUAACAACAAAGCAAUGAGCUCACCGUCUCCGGAUUGAAUGAAGUCAACAUAAAGAGAAGAAACUCUGAGAGGAAACUGGAUACCAAAAUGUGGACAAAGGGGACAUGAAGAAAAGGAUUUUAAUAUUGCCUGAGCUUCCUGUUUGAAUCCUCCUUUGCCCCCAAAGCUUUGCCUUUCUGUCAUUUCAACAGUUUUUUAUUUUAUUUCCUACUGACUGAGUGCUGUUAAACCAUCAUGUAGGGUCUCCUCAAUCGCUCUGAGGAGGGCCACUUCGUCACGUCAGACUGCCGGGAGUGGGUUGAGCUCCCACGGCUUGUGGGUCUGACAGUGGAGCCAUGUCUCUAGAAGACGUGAGGAGCACUUGCAGCCACGGGGCCGAAAGUGUUGCUUCGGACCACUGCGACGGCCUUUCUCUGGGCCGAGGUCAGGACCGGGAUCUGGAGACCCCGACCCAAGGGCAGGAUGGGAUAGUCCUGGAGCGCAUCGCCUCGCUGUCGCUGGACAUGUUUGACCCCAGCGACUUCACCGGGAGGUUUGCGAAGAUCCAGUCUAAGUCCAGAAAGAGGACGAGGAUCAUUCGAGCCUCCCCAGUGGGACUGAAGCCGCCCAUCCCGCCAGUCAGUGGAACCUUGGGAGAGAGGAAGGGUCCUGUCGUCAUGGCGCCCGUCAACGUGGACCCAGAGAGCAAGCCGGGCGAGUUCGUCCUAAAAAGCCUGUUCGCCAACUUCACCUUGCUCUCCGAACGCAAGAUCCGCAUCAUCAUGGCCGAGCCACUGGAAAAGCCGCUGAACAAAUCUCUGCAGAGAGGAGAAGACACGCAGUUCGAUCAGUUGAUCAGCUCGAUGAGUUCUCUGGCCGAGUACUGCCUCCCGUCAAUACUGAAGACUCUGUUCGACUGGUACAAGAGGCAGAACGGCCUGGAGGACGAGUCCCACGAAUAUCGACCUCGCGCCAACACCAAGUCAAAAAAUGACGAACAACAGAAGGACUACUUACUGGAGCGGAGGGAUCUGGCAAUAGACUUCAUCUUUUCUUUAGUGCUGAUAGAAGUUUUGAAGCAGAUCCCCCUCCAUCCUCUCUUAGAUGGACUCAUCCAGGAAGUUGUGAACCUGGCCUUCAAGCACUUCAAAUACAAGGAGGGGUAUCUGGGUCCCAACACGGGCAACAUGCACAUCGUAGCAGACCUCUACGCUGAAGUUGUGGGGGUCGUGGCUCAGUCAAGGUUCCCAGCGGUGAGGAAGAAGUUCAUCUCCGAGCUCAAGGAGCUGAGACAGAAGGAGCAGAGCCCGUACGUCAUCCAGUCCACCAUCAGCCUCAUCAUGGGACUCAAGUUUUUCCGCAUCAAAAUGUACCCGGUGGAAGACUUUGAAGCUUCCUUCCAGUUCAUGCAGGAGUGUGCCCAGUAUUUCUUGGAAGUGAAGGACAAAGACAUUAAGCACUCAUUAGCCGGACUCUUUGUGGAAAUACUCGUACCUGUAGCUGCCACUGUGAAGAACGAGGUGAACGUGCCGUGCCUACGCAACUUCGUCGAGAGUUUGUACGACACCACCCUGGACCUGUCCUCCAGGAAGAAACACUCUCUGGCUCUGUAUCCUCUGGUGACCUGCCUGCUGUGUGUCAGUCAGAAGCAGUUCUUCCUCAGCCGCUGGCACAUUUUCCUCAACAACUGCCUCUCAAACUUGAAGAAUAAAGACCCCAAGAUGGCACGUGUGGCUCUGGAAUCACUCUACCGCCUGCUGUGGGUGUACAUGAUCCGCAUAAAAUGUGAGAGCAACACUGGAACGCAGAGUCGUCUGACGUCCAUCACAUCGACACUGUUCCCCAAAGGGAGUCGCAGUGUCGUGCCCAGGGACAUGCCACUCAAUAUUUUUGUCAAGAUUAUCCAGUUUAUUGCACAGGAGAGACUGGAUUUUGCCAUGAAGGAGAUCAUAUUUGACCUGUUGAGUGUCGGGAAGCCUGCCAAAGCCUUCAGUCUCAACCCAGAGCGUAUGAACAUAGGCCUGCGGGCAUUCCUGGUGAUAGCGGAUGCCCUGCAACAAAAGGACGGAGAGCCUCCCAUGCCCAACACAGGAGCGACUCUGCCCUCUGGAAACUCUCUAAAGAAGAAGAAAACGUACCUCAGCAAGACGCUCACGGAAGAAGAAGCCAAACUCAUAGGCAUGUCCUUGUACUACUCCCAGGUGCGUAAGGCUCUGGACAAUAUCCUCAGGCACUUGGACAAAGAGGUGGGUCGUUGCAUGAUGCUCACCAGCGUCCAGAUGCUCAACAAAGAACCGGAGGACAUGAUCACAGGUGAGAGGAAGCCCAAAAUCGACCUGUUCAGGACGUGUGUGGCUGCCAUUCCUCGGAUCCUUCCCGACGGCAUGUCCAAGCCUGAGCUCAUUGAUUUGCUGUCACGACUUACGGUGCACAUGGAUGAUGAGCUUCGCCUUAUUUCCCAGAACUCCCUUCAAAGCCUCUUACUUGAUUUCUCUGACUGGAGGGAAGACGUCUUGUUCGGUUACACACAUUUCCUUUUACGUGAGGUCCAAGACACCCAUCAGGGUCUGCAGGAUGCAUCCGUGAAGCUCCUUCUUCAGCUGCUCACACAGUGGAGGUUAGCUCUGCAGCUCCAGGGGAAGAUACGAGGAGGAGUUGAGGCCAGCCCCAGGCUGCCCGACCGAAGCCCUCAUUGCUCAGUGCUCCAUGCGGUGGAAGGCCUGGCUCUGCUGCUCCUCUGCUCGUGUCAAAUCAGCACAAGGAAACUGGCGGUCGGAGUGUUAAGAGAAAUACGUUGCCUCUUCACAGCUCUGGGACAUGCUGAGGACGAUGACAAACCCAUGAUAGAGGUCAUGGACCAGCUGAGCCCAGCUGUAAUGGACAGCUUUGUUCACGUGGCUGUUUCUGACUCUUCCACCUUGCCACUCAACCACCAUGUGGACCUCCAGUGGCUGGUGGAGUGGACGGCUCGGCUGGUGAGCAGUUCAUACGACGUGAAGAGCCCCAGCCACGUCUGGAUCUUUGCCCAGUGCAUGAAGGACCCAUGGGUGCUCUGUCUGCACAUCUUCUUGCGACAGGAGCACCUUCCCAAGCACUGCCCUACCGCUCUGGGAUACGCCUGGCCGUACGCCUUCACACGGCUGCAGCUGCUACUGCCACUGGUUGACCCCAACAGUCCAGUGAACGCUAAGAAGACCAGCACGGCAGGCUCCAGCGACAGCUACAUCUCACUGUGGCGUAAUUACCUCAUCAUGUGUCUCGGUGUGGCCAAGCCGAGCAUCAUGUCACCCGGCCACCUCAGAGCCUCUACACCUGAGAUCACUGCCACCACGCCCGACGGCAGCGUCACCUACGACAACAAGGUGAUAGGCACUCCCUCAGUGGCCUGGCUUUUAAAACAGCUUGUCCCUCUGAUGAGAGCUGAGAGCCUGGAGAUCACAGAGUCUCUGGUGUUGGGAUUUGGAUGCACGAACGCUCUCGUCUUCAGGGAGCUUGUCGAAGAGCUCCAUCCACUGAUGAAGGAAGCCCUGGAACGUAGACCUGAGAACAAAAAGCGUAGAGAGAGGAGAGACCUGCUUAGGCUGCAGCUCCUGAGGAUCUUUGAACUGCUGGCUAAUGCAGGAGUUAUCAGUGACAGCACUAACGGGGCCCUGGAGCGUGACUCCCUGGCGCUGGGAGCCUUGUUCCUCGAGUAUGUGGACCUGACCCGGAUGCUCCUGGAGGCUGAGAACGAGAAGGAGCUGGACGUGCUGAAAGACAUCCGAGCUCAUUUCAGCGGGAUGGUGGCCAAUCUCAUCCAGUGCGUCCCUGUCCACCACAGACGCUUCCUCUUCCCUCAACAGUCCCUGAGGCACCAUCUCUUCAUUCUCUUCAGCCAAUGGGCCGGACCCUUCAGUGUUAUGUUCACCCCCCUCGACCGUUACAGCGACCGCAACCACCAGAUCACUCGCUACCAGUACUGUGCUCUCAAGGCCAUGUCAGCAGUCCUUUGUUGCGGUCCGGUGUUUGACAACGUGGGCCUCUCUACUGACGGCUAUCUGUACAAAUGGCUUGACAACAUCCUGGCCUGUCACGACCUGCGGGUGCACCGUCUGGGGUGCGAGGUGGUCAUUCUGCUUUUGGAACUGAACCCCGACCAGAUCAACCUGUUCAACUGGGCCGUGGACCGCUGCUUCACUGGAUCUUACCAGCUGGCGUCCGGCUGCUUCAAGGCCAUCGCCACAGUCUGCGGUAACAGGAAUUACCCGUGUGACCUGGUCACUUUGCUCAAUCUGGUACUAUUCAAGGCGUCAGACACCAGCAGGGAAAUCUACGAAAUUUCCAUGCAGCUGAUGCAGGUGCUGGAGUCUAAGCUGUGUGCGUACUCUAAGCGGAUGGUGGAGCAGAAGCCCGGUAACAUUUUGUACGGGACACACGGCCCUCUGCCUCCCCUGUACAGCGUCAACCUGUCUCAGCUCUCCAUUCAGCUGGCCAGCAUGUACCCGGAGCUCACUCUGCCGCUUUUCUCAGAGGUGAGCCAGCGUUUCCCAACCACUCAUUCCAACGGCAGGCAGAUCAUGCUGUCCUACCUGCUCCCCUGGCUCAGUAACAUCGAGCUAGUGGACACGGGCCUCCUGCCCCCCGCUUCGAGCCCCUGCACGCCCGAGGAAGAACCUCGCGGUCAGGGGCAGGGCCUGUGCCCUAGUUUGAGAGGAAACGGCUGGGGCUCCCUGCAGGCCACCUCGCUGGUGCUCAACAACCUCAUGUUCAUGACCGCAAAGUAUGGAGAUGAAGUUCCCGGGCCGGAGAUUGAGAAUGCCUGGAAUGCUCUGGUGUCCAACGAGAGGUGGAGCAACAACCUGAGGAUCACCCUGCAGUUCCUCAUCAGCCUGUGUGGAGUCAGCAGUGAUACCACGCUGCUACCUUAUAUCAAGAAGGUGGUGAUCUACUUGUGCCGCAACAACACCAUCCAGACUAUGGAGGAGCUCUUGUUUGAGCUGCAGCAGACAGACCCAGUCAACCCUGUAGUUUUGCACUGCGACAACCCUCCCUUCUAUCGCUUUGCUGCCAGCAACAAGGCCUCCACCUCCCAGACAGGCACCACCUCCAGCAGUAACACUGUUGUGGCCGGUCAAGACAACCUUCCCGACACAGACGAGAACAAGCUGGUGAGGGAGAACGAAGAGCGGAGGGCCAGGGCUCACAACAGACUAGAGUCUCGCUACAGCAACAGCUCCGGAGGUUCCUACGAGGACGAGAAGUCUGACCCUCUUCCGCCUUAUGCCGGCUGGCUACUGGGCGUCCUGGAGACCAACCGCCCCCAGCCGUUACCCAUGCCCGUUAACGGAGGCUGCUGGGCUCCUCUGGUCGACUACCUUCCAGAAACCAUCACGCCGAGAGGACCGCUGCACAGGUGCAACAUUGCAGUGAUCUUCAUGACUGAAAUGGUGGUGGACCACAGUGUGAGAGAAGACUGGGCUCUACACCUGCCCCUGCUGCUGCAUGCCCUCUUCUUGGGUCUGGACCACUACAGGCCAGAGGUCUAUGAACACAGCAAACGGCUCCUUCUCCACCUGCUCAUUGCUCUUUCAUGCAACAACAACUUCCAGGUAAUAGCUUCAGUUCUGAUGCUCACCAGAGAGAUCAGUGACAACAAGACCCUCACCAUAAAGUCCAGCUACCACACCGAGUACCAGCAGUCACAUGCUCCUGACUUUUUGCGAGAGUGGCAGGCGUCUCCCGUGGUGGACUCCGGACUCAGCUCCACCUCCAACUCCUCCUCCGCCAGCCUUGGCGGCGGCAGCACUGCAGGCAGUGUUGGAAAUCUGCCCCUCGUCACACCUGAUGACCUGGAGGAUCUCGAAGAUGCGCCCAACGAGACGGACGAGAAGACAAACAAACUCAUUGAGUUCCUCUCCACCAGUGCCUGGAGUACUGUUUUGUCGUUGCUCAGAGCGUUUGGGCCCCUGUGGGUGCACGAAGACAUCACACCAAAGAACCCCAACUCCAAGAGCACGGAGCAGCUCUCCAACUUCCUACGGCACGUCGUCUCUGUCUUCAAGGAGUCCAAAUCGGACUUCCACCUGGAGCAGCAGCUGAGCGACGUGGCCUUGCAGACGGCUCUGUGUAGCUCCUCGCGCCACUACGCCGGCCGCUCCUUCCAGAUCUUCAGAGCCCUCAAGCAGCCGAUCAACAACCACGCCGUGUCUGACCUGGUGUCGCGCCUCGUUGAGGUGGUGGGAGAACAUGGAGACGAGGUGCAGGGCUAUGUGAUGGAGGUGCUGCUGACGCUGGAGUCAGUGGUGGUGAAUCUGGCAGAGUGUCUGAAAAACAGCGACCUUAUGGCAGCUCUUACCAGGACGUCCUCACCAGACUUUGUGACUAGUGACAAACUGAUGAACAGGAAGAGCACAGGUCAGCUGAACUUCCCUGGUCCAGGAUUUGUUGGUCUGUCGUCGCAGCGCCACCAGCGCUCUUACUCCGUCCCCAAGAAGUUUGGCGAGUGUGGCUACCAGUCGAGCGACCCUCCUCGAAGUGCCACUCUGGAUCGUAUACAGGCCUGCAACAGUCACGGUCUCGCCCGGACAGGGAGGUCGCCAGGGUCCUGCACGUCGUCAACCAACCGCAUUGAUCCCAGUGUUCUGUCGGAUCCUGCGCACGUUUCCCAUCCCUCGUCGAUACUGGCCACAGUCUUCUGGGUGGCUGUGUCACUUAUGGAGUCGGACUUCGAGUUCGAGUAUCAGAUGUCGCUUCGCCUCGUUCACAAGCUGCUGUCAAAGGUGCCCUUAGACAGAGCGGAGAACCGGGAACGCCUGGAGAAGCUGCAGGCUCAGCUGAGAUGGAGCGGCUUCUCUGGGAUUCAGCAGCUUUUGUUGAAGGGUUUCACCUCCCAGGCCACUUCUGACCUCACCUUACAGCUCUUCUGCCAACUCACACCAGUCUCCCGUGUGCCCGUCGUUGACAGCUCACAGUCUAUAGGAUUCCCUCUGAAUGUUCUGUGUCUGCUGCCUCACCUGGUGCAGCACUUUGGCCACCCAAAUCAGUUUUGUAAGGAGAGCGCUGAGAGGAUUGCACAGGUGUGUUUGGUGGAGAAGAACACUAAACUGUCCCACUUGGCACAUGUGAUGACUCUCUAUAAGACACGUUCCUACACUCGGGACCCUUUCUCCUGGGUCAGUGUGGUGUGCCGCUACCUUCAUGAGGCUUUCUCUGACAUUACACUCAACAUGGUCACCUACAUGGCUGAGCUGCUGGAUAAAGGCCUUCCCAGCAUGCAGCAGUCUCUCCUCCAAAUCAUCUACUGUCUGCUCAGCCACAUGGACCUGACUGCUGUACAAGUCAAACAGUUCAACGCGGAUGUCUUGAAGACCAUUGAGAAGUUUGUCCAGACAAUACACUGGAAGGAUGCUUUGAACAUCUUGAAGCUGGUUGUGUCACGCUCUGCCAGCCUCGUUCAUCCGGUCUACGGCCACUCGCAGGGAGAUCUUUCCAACCUGGAGGUCAGCAGAGUGUGGGACGGUUCGGCCAAAGCUCUGCCCGGGAAAACACUUGACUUCACUUUUGAUAUCUCUGAGACGCCAGUGAUCGGGCGGCGGUUUGACGAGCUCCAGGGCUCUGGGGGCAGAGAGGGGAAGGCCAGGGCCAUGGCUGUAACCCGCAGCACUUCCUCCACCUCCUCUGGAUCCAAUUCCAACACCAUACUGGUGCCUGUCAGCUGGAGGCGACCGCUGUCAUCUCAGAAAAGAACCAGAGAGAAGCUGGUGAACGUUUUGUCUCUUUGCGGACAAGAAGUUGGACUCACUAAGAACCCAUCAGUGAUCUUCUCAUCCUGUGGCGACCUGGACAUGAUGGAGGUGCGUGAGAGCGGCGUGUCGUCUGAGGAGGGGGGCACCAGAGAGGACACGCUGGACGACACCGCCAGCGAGCAGCAGUUCAGGGUUUUCCGAGACUUUGACUUCCUGGACGUGGAGCUGGAGGAUGGAGAGGAGCUCCAGGGCGAGACCGGCGAUAACUUCAACUGGGGCGUGCGGCGACGGUCUCUGGACAGCACCGAGCUGGGGGACCUGUUGGAGGAGAGCCAGCACUCGGGCAGCACCCCCAGCUUGGGUCACGAGGACCCUCACGACUCAGACGAGUCCUCGGAGGAGGAGGAGUCUUCGACCAGCCAGAGCCUCUCACACUCACAGCUCACUAACCCGUCUCCGUCGGAGGAAACCAAUCACACUGAUUCUCUGUCUACGUCUUACGACACAUCUGCCGACCCCGUCUCCCUCGGUGCCACCACCCCGGGCCAGGGAGCGCUCCACGACGAUCACAUCGGCCUUAACGUUCGAGUGUGUGGCGAGGAUGAGGACACGCAGGCCCAGGACGAUGACUUGUCGCUGAGCGCCAACGAGCUCCCUCACGGCUCAGACUGCGGCGAGAGCUUCACUCUGGAUUUGCCAGGGCAACCGAUGGAUCAGCUGGUGAAUCUGGACCGAGGCCUCAACCCAGACUACUGCCAACCCCCGCUGGACUUUCUAGACCCCAACUGUCUGCCCAGCUUGCGGGAUGAUGUAGAUGAUUUGGAAGACCUCGGUUUUCCUCCUCCCCCCUCUCCCUUUUUUUCCGCCAUCCUGGCAGCGUUCCAGCCCACGGUGUGUGACGACGCUGAGGAGGCGUGGCGUUGUCACAUCAACCAGCUCGUGACGGACUCAGAUGGGUCGUGUGCCGUCUACACUUUUCAGGUCUUCUCAUCUCUCUUUAAGAACAUUCAGGGAAAAUUCUGCACCUUGACCACUGAUGUUGCCACCUACCUCGGUGAGGGAUUGAGGGGCAUCGGAUCGAAGUUUCUCAGGUCCUCACAGAUGCUGACAACAUGCUCAGACUGUCCUACUAUCUACAUUGACGCUGACACGAUCAUGUCCUACGGUCUCCUGGAAAAGAUGAAGUUCAGUGCGCUGGAGCUGCAGGAGUAUCUUGAUACCUACAGUACCAGAGAGGAGGCGGCUGUAUCGUGGCUGCGAAACUGUAAGGACACAUUUCCCAGGUGUCCCGGUGACAGCGUGGUCACCUGCCAACCUGGAGACUCGGAGGAGAAGCAAAUGGAGUCUCUUGCACAACUGGAGCUUUGUCAGAGGCUCUACAAGCUGCACUUCCAGCUCCUCCUCCUGUUCCAGUCCUACUGCUCGCUCAUUGGUCAAGUCCACGCCAUCAGUUCUGUGCCUGAGCUGCUGAACAUGUCUCGGGAGCUCACUGAUCUGAAGACCAGCCUGCAGGCGGCGGAGGCGGCCGUGGCCAGCGACCUGGAGCACAAACACUUGGCCCACACCCACGCGCACGCCACCCAGGUGGCCGCCAUGGUCGUGCCCAGCUUCCCCAGCUCGGAGGCAGCCGUGCAGGCCAUCCUGGAGUGUCUCAAGAACCACGAGUUCACCAAAGCUGUGCGCUACAUCCAGGAGUGCAGGAGGCAGUGGCCCACCGGAGUGUUCGGCGGCAGCUCCGAGACCGAGGUCCAGACGCUGCUCAACGUCUACUUUCGCCACCAGACCCUGGGUCAGACCGGCACCAUCGCGCUGGUCGGCUCCCGGCAGGACCUGAGCCUGAUCUGCUCCAAGCUCCUGGAGCUCAACGGGGAGAUCCGCGACAUGAUCCGCCGCGCCCAGGGUUACCGGGUCGUCACAACCUACCUCCCCGACUCCAGCGCCUCCGGGACAAGCCUCUGACAGGAGCUCAGGAGCCCCCCUCCCCCUCCUUCCCCUCCUCCCCCUCCUCCUCCUCCUUUCACUUCGCUGCAACCGUUGACCCUCCCGAAACUCCCUCCUCACCCUCCACUGCCUGCUCUUCCAGAGGAGGCCCCGCACCCUCACACCUGGCCCCUGCCCCCUCCCGUGUGUCUGGUGCCUCGGCUGCACAGCUCCAGACCGCUGCCCGCCUACCGCCCCGCCCAGCGCUAGAGCCGCAGUCGCGUUCGCACCCGCGCUCCUCACCCGCUGUGAACCCCGACGCCCCUCCGCUCGAAUUUCCCAACCCUCCAGACCUGUUCUCGUCGCACAGCUGCUCCAGCACGCCAGACUUUACACUGCCACGCAAACACGCGCUGAGGAGGAGUCACCUCGACGAGAACGCGAGCCUUUACUGCCCUUUCAGAGGACACUCAUCGCACAGUUCGCCGCUGUCGCACUCGCGCUGCGGCAAACACCCGACGACGCCGUCCCUCGCGCCCAACGGGCUCCCGACGGUCGCCUCGGAGCCCACCUUGCUCACGCGCGCCUACGCGAGCGAACCGCCCGCUCCUCCCCGAGGAUCGCACCUCCCCCAUUUCCCCCGCUCCCCAUACAAACACCCUCCCCCGCCCUCGCUGCUCGACUGUGACACAGUGUUAACACACGGCCCCGCUCCGUCUUCAUCUCUCCCCCCUCCGCCUCCCCCGCCUCCCCCUCCCUGUCCCACCGCCGGCCCCCCAGGAGAGGCCGCCGCUUGGGGUUGCUGCUGCUCACUCGGCGGCGCCGCCACUCCCUUGACGCGCUACCUGGGGAAGGUGGGGCACGCCGCCCUGCCCCUACUGAAAGUAGGGGGGCUCCUGAAAGCUGAACCGUCAGACGUCCAAACCUGAGACGCUGACGCCACCGAACCCGAGGACCUAAAACUUCUAUCGAUCCAAAUGCCUGAAACGAAACUAUUCCUGACCAACUUUUAGAUGUUUGCAUCUGGAGGGGAGUCAGCGACGAGACGAUUUUACACUUUAAGGCCAGGGAGUCGCAUCCCGCUCACGGUGGAAUGGAUCUCUGAACCCACUGGAUACACAGAUCGCUGCCUGCCGACGAAGUCUCCGCUUCGCAGCUACACGUCGUAAAUGAUGUGCUCUCAGUGUACGUCCUGCUGGCGUUGAAUGGUCGCCGCUCAGCGCCUGAUCUGCUCUGCACCUGAGGACCAGUGAAGGCUCGGAUUCCUGACUCCUCCUUCAAGGAUUAUGUCGGUCGCAUCAGCGGAGACAGCGAGGAGAGCACCUGUGACACUACGUAGCAUCACUGGAAGAGUUUUCCUCUAUUGCACUAAGUGGAGUUUUGGUAUUAGUUUUUUAAAUUAUGUUACAGAAAGGCGAUUGUGUUACUGUUUCGUUUUGUUACUGUGAGAGAGAGAAAGAGAGAGAGAGAGAGAAAAAAAAGACUUUCGCUGAGAAGGAAAAGCCAAAUGCUGGAGUGACUUUUUCUCUCCCGCCGCGUCUACUGUUCUGAGAAACUGUGCAAUGCAUGACCUGGGUAAAAUGCUUUCUACUGUACACGAGCGUCCCUUUCGCACUUCCGGGAAAAACAAAAAAACAAAAAAACUCUGACCUCAGACUGACCGGCAGAGCGGACGCGGACUCGAUUCAAGCGCAAUUCAUCAUGCUGCUCUAGCCCCGACUAUAUUCUGUAUCAGCCAACCAGCUUUGUGCCCGACUGCUGUUGUAAACACUGGUGGACUAAUCACGCCAUCGCCUAGUGCCGUACACUCUUCUGUGGCUAGUGGUAGCGUCAUUAGUGAGCGUCACUACACACUAUAAUUCUCACUGUCCUACACUGUUGCGCGUCGCGUUCACACGCCGAGAGAGGGCGGCGCACGCGCACGCGGGAUAUUUCGCGUCUUUCUGUCUGUAAAAUAGUUAUCGUCACACAACCAUAGUAGCAUAUGUUUGUGUGUGGUUUGUAAUUAAGGGAAAAUGCUGACAUUCAGCGCUCAUUGUUGAUGUUGAAAACCUGUGCUACUACUGAACGCCUCCUGUCGUCGGCCCUUUUUUCGUGACUCUCCCUCGGCCCCCCCCUCUCUCACGUCUCGCCCCCUUUUUCGCUGUACAAAUGUCUUUUUUUUUCCUAUUUAUAUCCGCUAUGAAUCAACACUCAUUCGACUUAGGUUUUAUAUCGAUGUUUCGCUCUCUACGAUCAAACUGCCAUGCAUGCGUCCUCCGUGUACCGUAUGGGGUGUUUGAAAUAUUUAUUAACAAAGUCAUAUUUUAUCUGAAAGAUACGUUUGUAUGAGGUGCAAAAGGGAGCUUCAAGCUCACGCGGGUGCGCUGUUUUUUUUUGUUGUUGUUGUUGUUGUUUUUUUUUCCUUGUGUGUGGGAGAACGUGUGUUUGCAUGCCAAACAAGAAGUUGCACAUUUUUAAAGCUUUUUAGAUGAAGAACGUAGUUUUUUUUUCACCUUGUAAAUACUUUUACAGCCUUUGUGAAGUUGUUUUGAGUUGAUGCUCUGUACAAGUUGGUGUCAAAGUAAAGACAUAUCAAAAUGA